AUGCCAAUCUUCUCAAAAUUCAAGAAUCGUAUAUUGAAGAGAGACAGUGACGUUCCCCCUACUCCUGUACCUGUACCCGCAGACAAGGAUCCAAAUCCAACCUUGCCCCAUACCACGGCCGCGUCUACGGCCAAUAACUUGUCAGGCGAAGGCAAUGAGCUCUGGGCUCAGGCUUAUACGCUUGCCAAGGAGCGCGAUAAACAGCUUAUGGAUGAUUAUGAGAGACACAUAGCUUCGUUAGAAGGUGUCUCCGUCGACAGCAAGAGCUUUUCGGCUCCACACGAUGUCAAAGUUCAUGUAAACCAGCUGCUAGAAAUACGGCAGAGGAAGGAAAUACAGGUCUCGAUCAUGGGACACGAUAUUACAAUGCGAGAACAGAUUGAGAAGUUGGCAAAGUUCCUGCUCUGGUCCGAUGCCAUUGUUAAGUCGGCAGUAAGCGCUCAGCCGUACGCUGCCUUGGCCUGGUCUGGUGUUUCGCUUUCUUUGCUCCUUGUAUGCGGCGCGAAGUAUAACGAGGGCAUGUUAGAUGGCUUCAGCUCGAUUGGCGACAUGCAAAUCUUUUGGAAAUCUUAUGAGGAGACCUACUUCGAGCUGCCAGAGACGAAACUUUACCAGAACCUCAAGGAUCCUUUGGUCAAGCUAUAUUCCUUCAUAAUUGAGUACCAAGCUCGAGUUAUAUGCCAUUUAUCAAAAGCGCAGCUCUCUCGUGUUUGGCAGAAUAUGGCGGGGUCUGAUGACUGGGACAAUGCGAUAAAACGAAUCAGGGAGCUGCAUGACGAUUGCCUCUGUCUGGUUGACAGAGCACACAAAGACGUCAUCCAAACCAAAAUGGAUAGCCAGCUCCAAGAAAUCCAGAAAUCGCGAAUUGUUCAAGAAGAGAUGCUUCAAGUCUUGAAAGAAGAUAGAGAGGACGAGAAAGAGCGAAAGCUGCUAAGGGAUCUUGCCACGACCUCAGGAGACUAUGAGAGAUACAAGAACAUCAAUCCAGAGAGAGUACCAGGAACAUGUAUGUGGUUCUUAACAGAUGAAAGAUUUCUUACUUGGCGUGACAAAAAGUCUGGAGACCUUCUCUGGGUUUCUGCAGGGCCUGGAUGCGGAAAAUCAGUCUUAUCAAAAUCCCUAAUUGAUGAGCGCCACUUGAGUCCAGACACUACCGUUACAAUUUCAUCCUCAACUAUUACUGUAUCCCAAAGCAUCAUCUGCUAUUUCUUCUUUAAAGAUGGCGGGGAGGGCAAAAUGGAUAGCGCUCAAGCUCUAUGCGCAAUAUUACACCAGCUAUUCAUUCAUACGCCUCAGCUCAUGGCACAUGCGCUUGCAAGUCACAAGAAGUAUAGUCAGGAUCUAAUGCGAAGAACCGAUGAGUUAUGGCGAAUCUUUCUCGAUUGCGUGGAUUCGUCACCAGUCCCAAUUAUCUGCUUACUCGAUGCUUUAGAUGAAUGUGAAGAGGAGGGUAGGACCAGCUUGACUAAGAAGCUGUGCCACUUAUACCUCAAUACCAACUCAUCUGCUCCGCCACGGCUAAGGUUUCUCAUUACUAGCCGCCCAUAUGAGACCUUUAAAAUGUCAUUCGACAGACUGACGGCAAGUCCUGCUUAUUUACACUUUGAUGGCGAUGAUAAAUCUGGUCAGAUUGGCCAAGAAAUAAAUCUUGUCAUCGAUGUAAGAGUGGAUUAUAUAACAAGCAGCUUCACCGCCGGAGACCGCAACAAGAUCUCUCAGCGUCUUAAAAAUAUGGAGAGCAGAACGUAUCUAUGGUUGCACUUAACCUUGGAGAUUAUUGAAAGAAAUAUGAGUGCCUAUAGCAGACGACUGGAUAUGGAGGAGUUCCUGUCUAAGCUACCGUCUACAGUAUCUGAUGCUUAUGAGAAGAUUCUGUCCAGAAGCCAAGACGAUAGAAAGGUUGAGGCCCUACUACAGAUUGUCCUAGCUGCUGAGCGCCCGUUGACUCUCGACGAGGCUAACUACGCCCUUACACUCGCAUUGGGAGAUGAGUUCUCGUCGCAUGAAAAGCUACAGGAGAACUUAUGGCCGCAGGAUAGGUUCAAGACAACACCAGGAAAUCUAUGCGGCCUGUUCAUUAGCAUUCACGACUCCAAGUUAUAUCUCAUCCAUCAAACGGCUAGAGAAUUUCUACUUGAUACGAACCCUUCAGGAGCGUGGAGGGGACGGCUAAACUUAUCACGGUCACAUGGGAUCUUGGCCAAGGCCUGCAUGAGUUACUUGCUAAUGCUUGAUGCUCAAUUCGAAAACACGACUAAAUUGAAGGAAAAAUAUCCUUUUUCCUCUUACGCGGCUAGCAGCUGGUUUUUACACUUCCGAUCACAAGACGCAAGUUCCACGGAUACCUCUCGGAAGCUUGCUCGCAGCCUUUGUGAUAUAUCAGCACCGCAAACAAGAAAUUGGUUAGAGGGUUGCGAUUCAUACGCGUACUCGGAUAUCUACGCGCUCUUGCAGAGAUCGAUAGAUCUUUGGCUAGCGGUUGUCUUCAAUUUAACUUCCGUUGUGAGCGAUAUGAUGACGCAUGAACAUCCCGACGUCAAUGCGAAUGACGUGCUCGCCCCAGCCAUAACACAAGGCAAUUAUAAAAUGAUAGAAAUCCUCCUAAGUACUAAUAGUGAAAUCAGGAUCAAUCAAAAGCACUUUUCCAGGGCGGCAAGACGAACGCCUGAGAUAUUCGCAUUGCUACUAGACAAGUGUAACGGCGAGGUCAAGAUCCAUGAGAGGACUUUGAUGGGAGCGCUAAGUAAUUAUCAUAACGGGGCAGCCAUCUUGGACUUGCUCUUCACUAAGUGUCCAAACCAAGUCAACAUUACAAAAGAAUUGCUUGAAUACACAAUAAGGAAUGGGUCAGCGGAGACUCUGUUGUUACUCCUGAAUAAAAGAGGCAGCCAGGCAGAGAUUACGGAAGACAUGGUUCUGAUCACGGUGAGGGCUCGGAGCGGCACAGAGAUGAUAUCUGCUCUUCUCGAGCAUUAUGGUCACAAAAUCACAUUCACAGAGUCUUUGAUGACAGCCGCGAUGCAGAAGACAUCUUUUCAGUGGCUGGAUAUCGUCUUAAACAAGCGUGGCAACGACAUCAAGAUUACAGAGGAUAUUUUCGAGGCCAUAGUGGGAAAUAAGCUCUAUGCGACAGGUCUGAUAAUUUUUCUCCUCGAUAAACGCGGCCACGAAUUCAAGAUCACAAAAGGAAUGUUGGAGACUGCGUCGGCCAUUGGGUCUGUAAGCGAUGAAGUUAUGGCCUUACUUGAAGAUAGGUACCACCGCGAGAUGGAUGCUCCUGAAGACAGUGAUACGUUUGCAUAG